GUGAGGGGACGGAGGUGCCGCCGUGAGGGGACGGAGGUGCCGCCGUGAGGUCCCGGAGUGGCGGCCGUUCUGCCUCGGUGUGCAGGCUCUGUCCUCACCCCGUGUUUUCAAAGUAGUUUUACUUGAACAAAAAUCAGGAAAAUUCAGAGCGAACAAAAUGGUGGUCGAGUUAAGGGUUAGAAAUACAGCCGGCAAGUGCCUUGGGGUAGAAGGGCUGAAGGGACCGCAGUAGUUUUGGACUAGGUUUUCUUUCCUAAUCUUCUCCAGAAUGUCACUAUGAACAGUUAGAAUGUGUAGUAAGGGUUUCCAUUAUUACUUAGUACUUCAGGGGAAGGUACACGGGAAGAACGGAUCAUUGCAAUGUUGUGGCACAAUUUAUCACAGUUCUGGAUUGUCAGAUGUUAUCUGGCAUCACGGAAAAAAACUCUGAACAGCUUGUGCUAUAAAAAGAUAGUGCAUAUAGUGAAGUCGUUGAGAUAUUUUUCAUUAUGUCUGAGUAACAAUUGUAAUAAUCAAAGUUCUUUGGAUUUUACAAAUCCAAAGUAAUACUGAUCAGCCGGAUUAAAAUGCAUCACAGGAAUAGGUUCUGGUUUGUUGAUCUUCAAAAUCCAUAAAAGAAAAAUUGCUACUUUAAAAAGGAAAGGAUUCAUUUUUCUGCAACAUUUUAGAGCUGAUUGUUUACUUUACAGGUGAUUUACCUGAAUUAGAUUAGACUUCCACUAUGUACUUGUAAAAAUUCACCUGAUAUCCAUAGGAAGAACAUGAACUUUUCUCAGUGGCAAAAGAGCAGGACCAAAUCAGAGACUUGUCCCUCAGUGUUACUUCUGCUUUUGGUGUGAGUUGUUCUGUCUUGUACUUCACUUUAGCUUGGAAUACUGAUUUUGUUAGUAGUCAUGAUGUUAACUUAUUUUAUGUAUGCCUUCUGAAUGCCUUCCUCACAUCUUUUGUCUAUCCACAGAAACUGCUGGCACUACUGUUCCUGCAGUGUCGAGAUAGAGAGGGUUGUAAUGCCAUGGAGACACUGUGUUCUCAUCCCUCCCUGGUGACUGAAUCCCCUUUCAGCUCUUUAAGAAGAGAAAAUAUGCAUAAUUCUCAGUAUUUUUAGCAGGUUUUUAUUUCUUAAAUUCUUUUCCUGUAAUGGUGUGUCUUACUUGUUGAUAUGGUAAAUUUGGAUAUGCUUAUGUGCAUGUGAGAUUUAGAUUAAAUACAUUAAGUAUAAGUGAAGAUGGCCUCUGAAUUUUGAAAUGUAUCUUUGUGGUUGCCCUGGUCCCUCCUGUACUUUGCAUUCACUGAGAUGGUUGACCUGUGGUUUUUGUAGUUUAGUUUGUAAAAGAGCUCUAGGAGAGGAGCAGUGAGUCAGUCUGUGUACACAUGACAGGUGUUUACCAGGCUUAGGAGGUGCUGAACUACGACUAGAACAUGCAGAAAGAAAGUUAGUGUUUGAAACCCUUACCAACUCAUGGAGUUUUUGUUUUCAGAACUAUACUAAUAGUUCUGACAUUUAAUUAAGACAUUAAUUGCUGUAAAAUCAUUCAAGCUGGCCAGAAGGGCAGGAGCACAGCAAAACAAGAGUCUAGAUCUCUCAAGUUUUAUAUGGUCACAAGUAGCCUAAGUAGAACUCUCCAUAUGAUAAUAGAUAAAUACUGUAAUGUCACCUUCUUUGGUGAAUAACCCAGCUACAAAUCUGGGUUCUUUGUGGGAAAGUGGCUGUCUUGGUACAGUUGAGAUCAUAUUUGUGCCUGAAGGGAUUUAAAAGCAAUUCCUCAUGGAGGAGAAUAAAACAUUAAUUCUAAGUAGUGGACUAGUUAUUCUCUAAAGCAUUAUUCUUUAUGCGUGCUUGUAAAACACAACUCUAGAGUUUUUUUCUUCUGUACUUGCUCACUGUUUAAAACUACUGGUCUACGUUGAUGUGCCCUUUAACCUUUUUAGUCUGCUGCAGAAGUGGGAGAGGCUUGUCUCCUGGUUCAAAACCUCUUCCAGCUUUAUCAAAUAUGACUGUUAGAAUGGAACAGCUUUAUUUUCUCCUGAAAGUUGAAAAUUUAAAUCCUAAUAAAAUACAUAAGCAAAAUCUUUUAGCAUCCUAAGUUGCACUCUGGCUUACUAAAUGCUGUCUAAAUUACUGAGUUAAUUGACAAUACCUAGGUAAUGAAAAAUGGCUAUGUAAUUCUUAUUCUUUGUCUUUGGUGUUUUUUUACAUUAGAAAGCAAGAUUAUUAAUGAGUAGAAAGAUAUUUAUAUAAUUCAGAAUGUCUCAUUAGUGGCAUGCGCAUUCUGACUUUAAAGCUGAGAUGAAGUCAAGUUGAAAUGCUGAAAAAAUCCCUUGGGAGUUUCUUUAUAAUUGCUGCUAUGCUUAAUAUUAGCACUGUGACAGUUCCCCACUCCAUUGGUUCCUUGUCUAAUAGGUUAAUCCUGCUCUUUGUAUCCAUGUAUACAACCAUAUUUGAAGAAAAUGGAACUAUUUCCUUAUCCAGGAUUAGGGACCAUUUGGUUUAUUGAGGAGCAGUUUCUGAUCAAAGGAAUCUGUAUGACCACUAAAACGAAUUUGUUGUUUUAAAACUACUGCUCUGUGUAUGGUUAAAUUACUCCAUCUCCGCCUUCCCGGUCUGUGGAAGAAGGGGAGGAAGGGAAUUGUUGCAAACCUGUUGCUAUGGCCACAGAGCAGGGCUGGGCUGCUUGUGCGGCUGGAAUCCUGCUGCAUCAGCUGCUGCUUGACUUUUAGAAUUUAACUGAACUUGGAGAAUGAAGUCCAACCUAAUGCAUUUGGUUCCCCCAGUGAGUAGAGGAAGAAUAAUCUCCCAGUUUCCCAAGUGGUACACACCUGAGGCCUGUCUGCAGUUUAAAGAGCACUUCCAUGCACAGGUCAGGACUGCUUGUCAGCAGAGCGCUGGAGCAGAUGGGCUGAAAAUAUCCAAAGUGGUUGUGGUAGGAGACCUGCAUGUUGGAAAAACAAGUCUUAUCAACAGAUUUUGUAAAGAUAAUUUUGACCGAGACUACAAGGCGACCAUUGGAGUAGAUUUUGAGAUUGAACGUUUUGAGAUAAUUGGAAUACCAUAUAACCUCCAGAUAUGGGACACAGCAGGUCAGGAGAAGUUCAAGUGCAUUGCAUCUGCUUACUACCGAGGAGCAGAGGUUAUAAUAACAGUGUUUGAUCUGGCUGAUAUCCAAACUUUGGAUCACACCAAGCAGUGGUUAGAAGAUGCAUUGAGAGAGAAUGAGCCAGAUUCUAGCUUCAUCUUUCUGGUUGGAACAAAAAAAGAUUUGGUGUCAGAUGCUGUGUGUGAAAGGACAGAGCUGGAUGCCAUCCGUUUUGCCAAGGAGAUGCAGGCAGAAUACUGGUCGGUUUCAGCCAAAACAGGAGAAAAUGUCAAAGAAUUCUUUUCCCGAGUUGCUGCUUUGGCCUUUGAACAGUCCGUGAUAAAGGAGCUGGAGAGCACCCCUGGGCACAGGACCCAAAUUAGGGCAGGAAAUCUCAUCAAGCUAAAGAAGAACAUUGUGGAAAUUCCAGAAGACAAUGCUCAAGUCAGCCUGAGUUGUUGCUAACUGUCAACUGUUUCUGCGAGUGCAACAGUGCUCUCAAACCAGAAACAGAGAGCUUUAAUUUUAGAAAUGAGGGAGGAAAAAUUUGCCCAAACUUUCUUGCUGAGAGUUCCCUUGCUGCUGCAGGCUCCCUGUGCUGGGGGGUACAAUAGUGAUGUAAACAUUUCUCUGUGUAGCUGAAACAUAGCAACCUUGUCUUAAUGCAAGAAGACAUUGCCAGUGCCAUGGGCUCACCUGUCUGCCAAAAAGGCUUGUAGUCAAAAAUGAUCUCAUUUUAGUGUGUAGUUUUUUGAUAAUUCUCUAGAAAUCUUAGCUAGUAAAGUGGCAUUCUCUCAUGGGAGCAGAAACAGGUGGCAGUUCAGAAUGAAGGGUGGUAUCAAUACAGUUUUGCCUUUUAAAACCAUCAUGCAAAAUAACUCUAAUUGCUUUUAUGCAUUCCAAGUAUUUUAAAACUAUUUGAAAAUAAAUCUUUUCAAGUAUCAGGCUUGGAAGUACACAAAUGCAGACUGCAUAGUUUCCACUGUGGUUUCUCCAUACAGGAAAAAUGUUUAUUACUUUUCAUUUUCCACUUGAGAAUCAGAGCCCAGUAUUAAACAUUUCCAAGCCUAAAAGAAGUGCAGGUAGGAACUUUGUUGUUUUAACACAGCUGUCUAUAUUUUGAAAAAUGUUGCCAGAUAAGACUGCUGUUCUUUUCCAUUCUCUUGAAUAAAAAAGAAUGGUCACACAGGUGCAUAAAAUGGAAAAUAUAUUAUUUCCCUCUAAUUUUUUCAAUAGUUCUCUGAACUCUAAUACUCUGUUGUAUCUAGCUUAGAAUUCCAUGUUUCUAGGAUUCAUAUCCAACAUGUCAGGCUUGCUGGCAUAAAAAAAUAUAUAAUGCUAUAAAUUUGAUAUUGCAAUUAUUUUAAAUGAAGAGAAGGAAAACCUAUGAACACUUCCAAGGUACUGUUUCUUAGGAUAUUGAUUCAAUCAUUGCAGAAACAACAGUAUCUUUAGAAAGAAUUCUAACAGGACUCAGAUUUGAGACGCUGAGAAAUAAAGACAUUUGUUAAGGAAGAGAUUCUUCAAUCUGAAAAUAUUCUGGAUUCUCUGCCAUUUUUCCCACUUCUAUAAGAAAUGGGAAAAAGUAGAGUAAAGAUAGCUUGAGCAUGCUUUUUAUUACUUUUUCCUUUUGACGUAAGUUAGAGCAGCUUCCUAGAAUAUGAUGAAUAGAGAUCUAGGAACUCUGUGUCUUUUUUUAUCAGACAGUCUUCACUUUGGCAAUUGUGCUGUCUGUUGGCAAGGACACAAAUGUAGCAUUUGGUGGAAAAAAUGAAUCUGUGAGGGUACAAAAGGAGCUCUUUAUCCAAAUGUAUAAUAUUUCGACCUUAUGAUGUUCUAUGCAGUUGUUAAAUUCCAGAGUCUGUUUCACAAGGGAGGUGAAUUUACACUGUGCUUAUACCACAGGCCUUGGCUGUGUGGACAUGGCCUUUGUGUUUCCUGAGCCUGAGUGAGAGUGGAGAUGGUUCACUCUGCUGCAGCAGGUCAGGUUAAGCUGGGCUUCAGUGCUGACAUGAGAGACAGUGAUUACACUGCAAAAUGACUCAGGAACAAAUCUAAGACAAGAUCCAUUUUUGGGUUUUUUGUUUGUUUGUUUGGUUUUUUGUUUGUUUUUUUUUUUUUUUCCUCGCCAAGAAAUAUAUCUCCUAAGGGUUUCUUCUGUUGCUGAGCUCAAUUAUUGUACAAAGUCACAGAGAUGCAAUCUCUUCAACAACAUGAUCAUGUUGCCUGGGAAAUCAACUGGGACAGUUUUUUCCUAGGGAUUCAGCACAUUGCACGAUGUCAUUACUGUUUUGUAUCAUCUGGAGCUCCAAAAACUUCACAUACAAAUGUAAUAGUCUAUCAAUCAUCAGCUAUCAUGGAACAAUAGCCUGAGUCUGUUUAUUAAAUGAUGGAUGCUUUGA